GGACUAGCCGAACUGUUCAUACAGUAGUAACAGAAUAAAUAAACUUUUAUCGGGAACUAUUUUGAAAUUACGAAUAGCGUGUAAAAACACAUUUAAGGGGUGUUUCAUUGCUUGCUAGCUAAUGCUAUCUGAUAGCAACCAGCUAGGCUAGUUAGCUAGUUAGCCUCUCAGGGAUAGCAGCGACCUUCUAGCUAGCCACACAGGAACGCGGAAAAUGUUAGCCAGACCAAUGUGGUGUUUUUCCGUGUGAACCAGUUUUCUCGGUUACGGCGUAUAAGCGCUGUUAACCCUGUUUGUUUUAAUUCCAGAUGGUGGGACUUAGCACUGGUUAGUUGGUCUAGAUGUCGGAGGCAGAGCGGCACCAGCAAGCCGAAGCCUCCCGGCGGGGGGAUGGCAGUCUGGAGGCAGGUGAGGGCGACACGGAGCCCAGCAUGCUGUUGCAGAAACUCAAGAGCAACAUCUCGAAGAGUGUUCAGACCAAAGUGGAUCAGAUCCUGCAAGAUGUUCAGCGUUUCUCCGACAAUGACAAGCUGUACCUGUACCUCCAGUUGCCCUCUGGACCCAGCUCUGGAGACAAAAGUGGUGGCGACUCCAGCUCCUUCAACACAGCUGAUCAGCUUCACACCUGUAACUGGAUCCGCAGUCACCUGGAGGAGCAUUCAGACACCUGCCUGCCUAAACAGGAUGUCUACGAGACAUACAAGAGAUAUUGUGAGAACCUGCAGCAUCGCCCUCUGAGCGCCGCCAACUUUGGGAAAAUCAUCAGAGACAUUUUCCCCAACAUCAAGGCCCGACGGCUCGGCGGCAGAGGACAGUCCAAAUACUGUUACAGCGGUAUCAGGAGAAAGACAGUUCUCAACAUGCCUCUGCUGCCCAACCUGGACCUGAAGAAUGACCCGGCAGAGCUGACUGAGCUGGUCCAGACGUACAAGCAGGAAGUGACAGAGGCGGCAUGUGAGCUGAUCUGUGAUUGGGCGCAGAAGAUCUUAAAGCGUUCAUUCGACACAGUGGUGGAGAUCGCUCGUUACCUGAUCCAGGAGCACAUUGUCAACCCUCGCUGCAGCCAGGCCGAGCUGGUGACCUCCGCAGCGCUGGCAGGAGGUCCAGCCAAACCCCACAAGGUCAUCAAGAAAACACCCGUCAUCUCCAAAGCUGAGAGCGACCUAGCUGCUGAUCAGAAGAAGGAACACACUGAAUCUUCCUCCUCCUCUUCACUAAAGCCCCUGCCUGGAGAUAAAUCAGCUGCAGCAGCCAAACCUUCCUCCUUGGAUGCUCCUCCUCUUCCUCCCACCUCGUCCUCUUCCUCCUCUCUGCGUCCUGCGGUGGAGGCAUUCAUGAAGCAGUUACCCAGAAUCCUCCCUCGGAGCUCCAUCCCUGAUAAGACCCAGCUAUCGGUCCGCUCCUCUCCCCCCUCACUGGCUCCCAAAGACGCCUCAGGUGUCGGGGGGGCUUCUGGACCCGGAGGCCCAGCUGCUGCUGCUGCCGCUAGUGGUGGUGGGGUGAAGGUCAUUGCCAUGGCGACGCUGCCCCAGCAGCAGGGCGGGCCCGUCCCAGUGAUGAUCCUGCCUCAGGGCUGUCUGUCGUACGAGCGGGAGAAGGUUGCGCCCCCGCCACAACCUCCUCCACCUCCUCCUCCUCCUCAGCAGCAGCAGCAGCAGCACACCCCUGCAGCCCCCACCUCAGUGGUCCAGAAAGCACGAGGGAACGCCAGCAAGCGCCCCCUGGAGGUGGUGGCAUCAAGCGGUGGCCCUGUGGGUGUGUCUGGUGGUUCUGCUGCUCCUCCAGUGAAACGGAAACGUGGCAGACCAAGAAAACCUCGACCGGAAGACACCCUGCCUCCUCCUCCUCCUCCUGCUGCUCUUUCUCCGAAGCCUCCCCCUCCUGCCCCUCCCUCCCAUCCUCCCAUCAUCACUUCCCUCACCGGUGGCGUCAUCCAGAAAGCUUCCUCCUCCUCCUCCACCUCUUCCUCCUCCUCCUCGCAGCAGGUGCUGGAGCUGGUGAUCCAGGACCAGCCGGGGCUAGUUGUCAGUCAGCUACCAGCAGUGUCGGACCCUGCUCACCAGCUGGUGGAGCACCGCGGGGUAGUGGUGCAGUGUCAGCCAGGUGGCGCAGUGGAGGCUGACCGCCACAGCAGGCCGCUGCUGCUGUUCCAGAGUCCAGGGAACCCCAGCUGGGAGCUCGCGGCGUCGGGACGGACCCCAAUGGUGGAGGUCAUCCAAAAAGCUCCUAGGCCAAGCAAUAACAGCAGCAGCACCGCUCCUCUACCUGCAGCACACCUCCACCCUCCUCCUCCUCCUCCUCCUCCUCCUCCUCCCCCUCUUCCUCUGCCCACACUGCACGAGGAGCGGGGUGAGGUUGAGAUAACGUUGACGCCGGUGGAGCUGCACGUCAACCCGCCGCUGCCUUCCACCUCUUCCUCUGCUCUUGCCUCCUCUUCCUCCAUCUGCUCCAUCACAGCAGGGAAGAGUGAGGAAGAGGAGGCAGGAGAGGGCAGCAGCACCUCCUCAAAGAAAGAGGGACACUAGCUGUCAUCACUCUUCUUCCUCAUCCUUUGUAUCAGCCCUCACUCAGCUUUUACCUCACCUGCGACAAAACCCCACCCCCUUACAUCCCCUCUUCCCUUAUUGGUGGAAAUCCCAGAUUGGCAACAGCAGAGAGCCAAUCGAGGAGGAUAAAUGAAGCCAAACCUCAACACUCUGUCCUUCCAUCGGCUCUCAUUGCACUUGUAAACAGACUGGAUGCUGUUAGAAACCAGUGAAUCUUUAUCUGCAUGUCUGUCUGUCUGUGUGUCUGUCUGUGUGUCGACUGAAACCAGCAGAACGACUCCUCAGGUGGCCUGACCUGAAAUCAAACCUCUUCCUCUCCCAUCUUCCCUUCCUUUCUUCCUUCCUUGCCUCCUUGUAUCCUUUAUCUCCAGACUUGUCAUUUUCUGUGCUGAGGUUUGGUCGUCUGCUGCGUUGCUUCAGAUCAGUCGAUUUAUUAAAAAAAAAAAAAAAAAAAAAAAAAAAACACAGAUAAAAGAACAGAGUGAUGUAAAGGAAGGAGAGAAGAGGAAGAGGGGAAGGAGACAUGUCUCCAGGAUUGAAUCAAGCCCCAGAUGAAGUUCAGCCUGGAGUGGAUAGACACAGAAGGUACUACGGGUCAGAACCUUGUAAAGGUUCUUUGUGCUAAAUAUGAAAAAAUGACCUCUUUAACGGAGCUCUGCCUCAAUUCACCUUCACUUCACUUCAUACAAAUAAAACAAAAUAAGAUUUUAGGAUGCUGUGCUGCAACUGUUGGACAAUAAAUCUGGAUGUUUUCAAGCCUGUAAAAGUUAAUUAAGUCAACAAAGAGUAAGUGGAAAUGAAAACAAAGUCCUGGAUUGAAUGUGAAUUGAAGCUCGGCUCCGCUCUCCUCUUUAAAGAGUUCCUCUGUUCUAAACAGCUUUGGUUUGUUGUGUUUGUGUUGGUUUAGUAGAUGUUUCUGAUUGCGUGUCUGUCUGUCUGUCUGUCUGUCUGUCUGUCUGUCUGUCUGUGUCUGCGUCUGUGUGAGACAGGGAGAGUUUCAAGGCCCUCAUCAGCUACAGAAAAACGUUCACAUGAAAGUCAAUCAUUUGUUUAGUCGAGGCUAAUUAUCAAAACCUUAAUUCAGACUUGUUUUUUUGUAUUUUAGUGAGGUCGUUAAUGAAAUCGUUUAAAACUAAUGAAAAACACUUAAUGUCGGGUUCAAGUCUGUGGUGGGGGGCAGUCAUGUUUGUAGUUUAAAGGCCUGUUUUCCUAAAAAGGCACCUUCAGCCUGGUUCUUAUUUACCUCAGUCUCUUAUCAAACCUUUUAUUGUUGCUUUAAAAGUUUAACUUUACAGUAACUUUACAGCAAAUUUCACUAUUUGAAACGGCUAAAAUCUCACUUCAUUGUAGAGCUGUGUGCAGUGCAUCGAUUCACCCAGCUCCCCCGCAUGCGAUUAAAACACCUGCCCCACAUUUUGAUUUUUUAAUUUUCCGAGCUGGACUGUUUAUUUGGAGACUUUUUGGAAUAUAUAAACCGUUUAGUGCUCCACAAUGUCAGAGCGUGCACACAAUAAGUGUGCAUUCAUGGUACUGCAAAAAAUCUGAAUUUAGAGAGGUUACAAACACAAGGGGCACACAGGCAAGGAAGAGGAAGAUUAUCGGAAAGUUAGCAACCCUCUCUCUCUUUAUCAUGAGACUGCUGCUGCCGACCAGAGCUCUGUGCCUAACACAGAGUCACACAUACAAGGAGAUGGCUAACUAGCUAACACUACCAGAUAUUAACAGGUUUAAUGACAGAGUGGAGUGUACAACAAUUUCUUUUUUUUUUUUUGGAAGAUAUUUUUUGGGGCAUUUUUGCCUUUAACGCACAGGACAGGUAAGUAUGAAAAGGGGAAACAGAGGGGGGGGGAUAACAUGCAGCAAAGGGCCACAAGCUGGAUUCGAACCUGGGCCGCUGCGGCAACAGCCUUGUACAUGGGGCACCUGCUCUACCACUAAGCCACCAAUGCCCCAGAGUGUACAACUGUUUUUGAAAUUUUCCCUUGCCCCUGCAAUUUCAUCACAAAAAACAACAACAUUUAUUUGAAGCUGUCAUGAAAUCAGGCAUUCCAGGCCGCAACAAUUCCAAAAAACAGCCCCAGAAAUUCUUGAGAAACUGUACAAUCAGGAGUGUGUGGAAGAUUAUUGACGAUGAAAGAUCUUGAAAAACACAAAACAAGUUUGAGCAUCACUCCAUCUGCAACAUUUGAGGGCAUGCAAGCAGAAUUGGAUUCGUGCAACUAAAACAAAACUUUUUCUGCUAUUUUACUCUCAUAUUUUACUGUAAAAGACUUUAUCUAUGAGGGAAGCUUGAGGUCAGGCACAUGGAUAAAAUCUGUUGUAAUUUUUUUUAGUAUAUUGUGAUAUAAGACACUUUUUGAAAGACAAACCAGACAGAAAUGUUUGUUCUAAAAUACCUGACAAAUUGAAGUACUUUAACACGUGGUUGUAUAAGCAAAUCCUGCAAAGUAAUAUAUACAGUACAGGCCAAAAGUUUGGACACACCUUCUCAUUCAAUGCGUU